CACAAGUCACUAGUACUCUUGAUCAGUCUUGAAGGAGAAUUCACCCUGCUCUUGCAUGCUCGACUGGAAUACUCGGCUAGUCAUAAAUUCGGUACAGAUUAGAUCACUCGUUGGCUGGUGAAGCAUUUCCCAAUUAGGAAACUCGCCUGACUUCAGCGCAGAUUGACAGUGAUCAGCUCCACAACUAAUAGAAUCUCCAUGUGACACUAUCGACCUGUGAGCUCGAUCUAUCACCGGUCCUUCUCUUGUCUAUUGUCUUUCAUGAGCAAGACGGCAGUUUCUUUGAACAUCUGUGGCGACAAUCUGCACUACAGAUGACCACUGCCAGCCAGUAUCAACACUCUGUAUACCACCCACAAUUCACAACCUACCAUCAAGCCAACUAACAAGUAGCAUAUUUGCCCGGUCUUUAAUUAAACACCUCUUGUUGUUCGCGGAUAAAUGUCAGAUUUAUACUGUCCACUCCCCCCUCGGGACCAAGAUAUAUUUCGCUUCCGUCGCCCUUACGGAGUGAAUUUAGAAUCUACCUUCACACAAGGCCCGUCCCUCAACCAAGCCACCGCACCAAAUGAACUAGAAGCACUAAACAGCUCCAUCGAAACCAACGGACUCGAAGCCACCGCCUCAACAUGGCAAUCCCACUGGCUUUCCGCCCUGCCAAACGACGAGCUGCUCCGACUCAAAGAUACCUGCCACUGCAACACGAUCCAACUGGCCCUGGGAUUCCUGACCCUCGGCCCUCUUUUCAGCCAAGGGACCCCCUUCGAGGGCGCCCCAUCCCAGGUCUACACGCGCUGCUGGUCCGCCAUCAAGCAUCUCAUUGAGCGAUGCCACGCCUACGGGAUCGGGAUCCUCCUCAACUUCAACCUCACCGCCAACGAGGUGGAUCUCCGCUUCAGCCCCGACAGCCUCGCACUCGCCCGGGACUGUAUCGCCUUCAUAGCCCAGGAGGUAACCUUCCACGCCUUGCACGGGGUGGUCGGUCUACGGGUCUCCACCUCCUCCAAGGAGCAGUCGAGGCCGGAUCCCCCGACUCUCCGCGACUGGUACAAGGAGGUCAGGAUGAUCGUCAGCGCCAUCGACGAGUUUUUGCCACUGUACAUCAGCGAUGAUAGCCCCGCGGGGACCGAACUCUUCCGUGAAUGCGAGGCGCCGCUCCACCACCACCAACAAUUAGUCCAGGCAGACUCCGGACAGUCGGAACCGGCAGGAACGACGACUUUACCCUCGGCCCCCGGCCAUCUGCUACUCUCGCGGGAUGAAGUCCAGACAAAGGCCCAGAAAGCCCGGAUCGAGCGGCCGCAGUUAUUGAGGGAGGCCUUGGCGCGCCUGGAGGGAGAGGAGGAGGUACGGGAGAAGGGGGAGAGGGCAACGCAGAAAUACUGCAACAGUGCGGCGGGACGGCAGAGUUUUGUCCACGGCUGGGAUCUGGGAUACAGCGAUGCGCUGCGGUUUUUCGAUGCCGCGGUGGAAGGGUUGGUCCCGCAGCGCGCGGGGGCGGACAAAAUCGGGGAGGUGGAGUUGUGGGCUCGCCGACGGGCAAGGGACGUUGCACGGCUGGAAGAGAACCACCAGGCCUGGGAGCUGGGGCUUCGACGAGGGAUUGCCGAUUUCAAUCGAUUCGUGGGCAUUUGAGCUGGUCUUUUUGGUUCCUCCGCGCCGGUGUAAUGUUGCAUAUAGGUUCGUCGGUCCCUGUGUUAUGAGAUGUGAUGUGGACCAGCUUUGAAUGUAGAUCCUCACGCAAUUGGCAGUAUACUUCUCCGUCAUCUGUCAGAUAAAGUGGCCGGAC